AUGAACGUAGUGCUUCAGACACACGGGGCGAAGCAUAUAUACAAAGUACCAGAAGGACUAAGGGAAUUGUGCACUGAUAUCUCUCGGGAAGUUCUUCGUUCCCAGCCAGCCAAUUUAAUCGCCUUUAUCGCCGAAUACGUGGAUACGCUUCUGAUCACACGCGAAAACACGAAAGUUGCGGUUAAAGUGGUAAACAACAUUUUACUUGAGAGCCAGGCCAUUCUGUGCAUACUUUACCGGACUGGUUUCACUUUGGAGCAGAUCGCAGUCGCGGCUCCGCGGAUCCAAGUGAAUUUUAUUAAAGCAUUCCGCGAGUAUUUGGACGAGGUUGACACGCAACCGGUACAGGCAUGCGAAGAUCCAACCUGCGACGAAAAAUCUAUGAUAUCGAUACGAGAUAUUCUAGAAGCUACAGGAGCUGUACGAGAAGAUGCAGAGCGUGCUGCCACAGUGAUACAAGCUGCGUUUCGUGGCCAUUACGAGAGAAUGGUGUUGAACGAAGCUGAAGGGAAGAUUCAGUGGCAAAGAGCAGUGGGGAAUACGCUGGACAUCCUGAGAAAAGCUGGUGCCACGCAAGAGGAAAUUUCUAAAGCCGCAAGACUCGUAAAAUUUGCCUAUCGCGGAUACUACACUAGAAGAAAUCAGAGGAUCGACGCUCGUAAGAUUGUAAUCGCACGUCACGAUCGUGAUAUCACGAGUUGUUGACUGUUGAUGUUCGCAGCGGGAACGGAAGAAGCGCCUCUGAAGAAGGAUGAACGUAUACUCGAACCCGUGGAAGCUGUUCAAGCGGUCGCUUGGAUGGAAAUGAUGUACCAAGACUCUGGAUUAACAUUGGAAAAGGCCAACGAGGCUGCUGCAAUUAUCCAGAGAGCUUACAAAGAAUAUCGUGCGAGAAGACGAUGCUACGACGUGCAACAAUUGGUGACAACGCAGACAAUGGUCGCUGAAGCUGUCGUCGAUACGGUACAUCGCAAGAUUUUUGAAAAGAUCACCUCACGCCCAGACAUCCCCACUGAAUAUGGCACUCGCGAGGAAAUGAUGGCCACGAGCACGCAACUUCAGAUUACUUUCAAAGAACAUAUGAGGAUGAGCCGCUUAAUAAAAGAAAAUGACUUAAAACCUAGCGAAUACGAGGAGGACGAGGAAGAAUACGAAGAGCAAAAAGACGUGGAGGAAGUUGUGCCUACUGAACCUGCGCCCAAACCUAAAUAUCGCCCGGUAGAACCACGAGUUCUACCAUCGAGAACAGAAUACAGGGAAGAACCAUUGACAGAAGAAGAAAAAGAAGAAGAAGAAACGGAAGAACUGCAAGCGACAGAAACUGAAAUUACGGAGCCGUUGACCGUAAGUCCGGAUUUACAAACGGAACCCGAAACAGAGCGGUCAGAACUCGUCGACGAAAUCGAGGAAGACGAAGUGCGUGACACGAAAGAAGAUGUAGUAGAGGAAAAAGAAGAGGAAGAAGAAAAGGAAGCAGAGAAGGAAGAAGAGGAGGAAGAAAAGGAAGCAGAAAAGGAAGAAGAGGAAGAAAAAAAGGAAGCAGAGAAGGAAGAAGAGGAAGAAGAAAAGGAAGCAGAGAAGGAAGAAGAGGAGGAUGAAGAGGAUGAAAAAUUAGAAGAAAAAGAAAGGGAAGAGAAGGAGGAAGAGUAG